UUGCCAAUAAAAAUACAAAAACCGAUCUAGAAUUUUAUUCGCAAACAGUUGAAUCGAAAUAGUUUAAACGAAACCGCGAUAAUGACUCAUUUUAAAUACCAGCUCAACAUAUGAUUGAAUAAUAAAUAAUGUGGCAAAUGCUACUCGCACGUUGAUUUAUUUACUCGUGUAUAGUGGGGAAGCAGAAAAUUUGACCGACUAGAACCUAUUCGCUGGACAUUUUGUCAAGAUUUUUCAUUUCGUGUUGACAUAAUUAUACGUUUAAGCGGUAUUAAUUGUUUUUCUAAAUGCGAAGCUAUUAGAGUGCCGAAGUAUUUUUGUUUUUAAUUUUUUUUCUCGAUAGUAUUCUAUUGAAAGACCGGUUUUCGAGAUCAUGGAAAUGGCAUCUGAAAAUUUCAAGGCCAAAGAUAUUGGCCUAAAAGCGCAGAAGAAAUUGUUGGGCCAUAUGAGUAAUAAGACCGCCGUAAAAAUGUUCAUCGACGACAGAUCUGCAGCCGUUUUAGAUAAUACUUAUCGAUUAUUCAAGCAAUAUACUACCAGUAAAAAGGAAGCCGAAAAACUAAUGAAAUGUAUCAUAAAAACAAUAAUAAAAAUUGGAAUCUUAUACCGCAACAAUCAAUUCAACAACGAAGAAAUCCAAAUAGCGACAAAACUACGAUGCAAUUUCCAAAAACUAGUCAUGACCAUUGCUAGUUUUUACGAAUUGGAGUAUAGUUAUGAUCAUUCUUAUCUGACGCUGAUUUUCAAAGAUUUGCAUAAUAAUUUGACUUUACUGGUGAAGAAUCAUUUAACGGAGAAAUCAUUGAAUAGAAUAAAUCACGUGUUUCAAUUUUGUAUAAAAAAAGAAUUUUCGGAUGCGAUUUUCAGCAAGCAGUCGUCGCAUCGUGAAACAUUAGGAAAAAUUGUCAGCGAUUUGAAUCACGUUAUCGAAGAAGAUAGUAACUGAUGAUUCAAAAUCUACUGCGUUUGUUUGUAAAUAAAUGUAAAUUAUUUUCUUGUACAUAAGUAUAUAAUUUUCAAAAAAAUCAUCGCAAUAUGUUACCACGUGAAAUUAUUUUCAAUUUUAGGCAAUAAAAUUUAUUCUUUCAAAGUCUA